AAAAUCACAUAAAAAAUGCCUGCUAAAGCUGUUUGUGUUAUUAAUGGCGAUGCCAAGGGUACCGUAUUCUUUGAACAAGCUGAUGAAUCAUCUCCAGUUGUUGUAACUGGUGAAGUUAGCGGCUUGGCCAAGGGUUUGCAUGGCUUCCAUGUUCAUGAAUUCGGUGACAAUACCAAUGGCUGUACAUCUGCUGGUCCCCAUUUCAAUCCUAAAGGCAAAGAACAUGGUGCUCCCUCUGACGAAAACCGUCACGUUGGUGAUUUGGGCAAUAUUGAAGCCAGCGGUGAUGGUCCCACCAAGGUAAACAUCACUGAUUCUCAAAUCAGUUUGUUUGGAGCUAAUAGCAUUUUGGGACGUACCAUUGUCGUUCAUGCCGAUCCCGAUGAUUUGGGCAAAGGUGGCCAUGAAUUGAGCAAAUCAACUGGCAAUGCUGGCGCUCGUAUUGGCUGUGGUGUUAUUGGAAUUGCUAAAAUCUAAAU